ACACCUAGAUUUUUGUCUUCGUUUUAAACCUUCCAUGUCUUCCCCCUAAUUCUCUCUCUCUUUCCCUUUCUAUUUUCAAUGGAUUCUCUCAAUUCCUAAAAGCUUCCCCCAUUUGCUUUUCCUCUUAAUCUCCAUGACCCCAGAACCCAGCUCAACACUAUCCCUCCUUUUGUCGCCUUCCCUCCGCCAUGGUAACCACCACCACCAUCCCUCAACCCCAAAACACCCAAACCCAAAGCGUUCUCAUUGUCGGUAACUACUGCCACGAUGUCCUUCUCCAAGGCGGCGCCGUCGUCGCCGAUACCCUCGGCGGAGCCGCCUCUUUCAUCUCCAACGUCUUUAGCUCCCUCUCCGUUUCAUUCCAUCUAACAUCGAAAGUCGGCUUCGAUUUUAAAUACCCGGUUAAUCACGACCCCAUCGUGAUCCCCACCUCUAAAACCACCGUUUUCCAUGCCUAUUUCGAUCAGGGCCAUGCCGAGAAUGCUCAUCAAGAUCGGGUCUUGAAACGGGUAGAGGUUUGCGAUCCGAUUAAUUCGUCGGAUCUGCCCGAUAAAAGGUUCUCUUUCGGAAUGGCGGUUGGGGUCGGCGGGGAGAUAUUGCCCGAAACGCUGGAAAAUAUGGUUGAAAUAUGCGACGCCGUCUUCGUCGAUGUCCAAGCUUUGAUCCGUACAUUUGACAAAAACGACGGGACGGUAAAGCUUGUGGGUUUAAAAGAGAGUGGGUUUUACCAUUUGUUACCGCGGGUACAGUUUUUGAAGGCGUCAUCGGACGAGGCGCUGUUUAUGGAUGUUGAUGAAGUGAAGCAAAUGUGUUGUGUGGUGGUAACGCAUGGGAAAGAUGGGUGUGAAGUUCAUUGGAAAGAAGGGGUAAUGAAAAUUGACCCUUUCGUGGCUAACCAGAUUGAUCCGACCGGCGCCGGAGAUAGCUUUUUGGGUGGGUUUGUCGGCGGAUUGGUCCAUGGGUUGGUUGUUUCCGAUGCUGCUCUGGUGGGUAACCUUUUUGGUUCACUUACUGUUGGUCAAAUUGGUCUCCCUACGUUCGACUCGAGAUUGUUACAGAGAAUUAAGGAUGAAGUGCAAAGAAGGAAGCUGCACAGUACAAGCUGGUUUGAGAACGAAGAUGAUGAUUCGAUGAGUUUCACAAAGCCGGCCGGGCAUGAAGAAUUCCAUGCUUCCCUUGCAUCGAGUAAAUUAGGUUCAACAUGCUCCGUUCCAGGGAGCAUAGAGCAGGUUACCCGGCCCCAAUGUAACGGGCAGCAGAAGUUGUUAGUAGAUUCUGUUUAUGAUAAACCAAUUUAAGCAGUAGAGGAUGCAGCCAGCAUUAGCGGGAGCAUUUGAGUGAAGAGCCUUUAAAUGAGAAGCGAAUUCUAACUUGGUAAAUACUUGUAGCAACAAUGCUUGCAUGGUAAUGUAUAUUUUAGAAAAAAAAGACAUUCUUAUGCUGCAGUUUCAUUUAAUUAAUUAAUUAAUUAAUGUUUUGAAUA